AGUGUGUGUGUCUGUGUGCGCGAGUGUGUAGAGUGUGCGCAAGAGUGUGUGUGUGCGAGUGUGUGUGUCUGCUCUGCUGUUGCUGCCCUUUGAUCCCUGCAUUAGUGUUAGUUAGGGGCUCGGAGACACACUCUUACACCGAGAGCAGCCAUAGUCAAGACACGGCAACAACAACAGCACCUCCUCCGCCUGUGUUCCCAUUCCCAACAAUACACUUUAAACCGAGGACAAGCCAGGUGCACGACCAAGUCCCUGCCAUCACUCGCGCCUACAAUCUCAAUGGGAAAAAACCUUUUUUCUUCUUAUCCCUAAAACAACGAGGAGAAUGUGAUAUAAAGGGGGAAAAUGCCAAGGAGGAAGCAGGAGCAACCCAAGCGCCUGCCUUCACAUGUGGACAACGUCGAGGAGGGCGGGCCGGAAGGCGGUCCUGUGGAGGACGAGGCCGGCUGGUUCGGGAACACCUCGGACGCUCGCUCCGAGUCGUCUUACGGUGACGCGCAGGACGAUGCGCUGCUCCCCAGGGGCUCCUCCCCCGACGAGCGCCAGGGCGCGGCGACGGCCUCUGGCAACCACGACACCUCCGGCGGCGAGAGUUCUCUGGGCUGCCCCACGCCUGUCCACCGCGCCUCCCUGGAGCUGCUGGGGCUGGACGGCCCCGGCAUGUUCUCGGCCCAGGACACUCUGUCGUCGGUCGUGUCGUCGCUCUACGGCGAGGCGGCCUCCCAAGCCCUGGGGAAACCCCUCAGUAGCAACCUGCGGCGCCUGCUGGAAGCCGGCUCUCUGAAGCUGGACGCUGGCGAGCUCCUGGGCCGGGCUGUGAGAGGAGGAGGGAGCGGGGGCGAGUCUCCGCCCAUAGGGUUAGCUCCGCCCCUGACCCUCUCCCCCUUGUCCCACCACGCUCAGCAGCUAAGUGCUCUUGCCCGGAAACUGGCCAACAACAACAACAACGCCAGCUCUGCCUCCGCCUCGCCCGCCUCCUUGGCGCCAUCGGCCGGUGUGAAGCAGGAGCCCCUGGACCCUUUUGCCUCGGUUGCCACCAGCAACGGCAGCGGCUUUGUCUGGGUGGGCGUGGCCGACAAGUGGCCUCUGGCCGGUUGCUCGGCUGGCGGCUCCAGCCUCUCGCCGGACUCGGCCAUCCAGAAGCUGAAGGCGGCGGCCAACGCCGUGCUCCAGGACAAGAACGCCUUAGCCUCCUCCUCCUCCUCUUCAUCCUCCUCCUCCUCUUCCACCUCCGCCUCGUCCGCGGUGCCGACCCUUGGCAGCGGGGGCCGCGGGGGGGAAGACGCGGUGCGCUUCGAUGCCUUCACCUCCCCCUUCAGCCCUCAGUCCGCCAGCUCCACCCUCGCCGCGCUCUCCAAGAAGGUCAGCGAGCGGAGCCAGCAGGUGUCGUCCGCGGGCGGCGCCGCCUCGGACCACCAGCCCUCGGCCAGCUCCUUCCUGUCGCUCGUCUCCAUGACGUCCUCGGCCGCCCUGCUCAAAGAGGUGGCGGCCCGGGCGGCGGGGAACCUCCUGGCCGCCGACAAGAAGGAGGCGUCGUCCCCGCUGUCGGUGGCCAUGCUCCAGGAGGACGUUAAGCCCCUGCUGGACAGGAACCAGCAGAAGACGCCCACACCCACCCAGGGGCUGGACCUCCUGCUGCCCUCCACCCCCAAGGGCAGAGCCAAGCCCAGCAGCCAUGCAGGUUCUCCGGAGGAUGUCGGCAAGCCGUUCCAGUGCCCCGUCUGCGGACUGGUCAUCAAGCGCAAGAGCUACUGGAAGAGGCACAUGGUCAUCCACACAGGCUUGAAAAGCCACCAGUGCCCCCUGUGCCCCUUCCGCUGCGCUCGCAAAGACAAUCUCAAGUCCCACAUGAAGGUCCAUCAGCACCAGGACCGAGGAGAGACGUUCCAGUGUGAACUUUGCCCUUUCACCUCUUCGCGCCACUUUAGCCUGAAGCUCCACAUGCGCUGCCACCAGCACUUCCCACGCAACGAGCUGAAGGUCAAGGAGGAGGCCACCACCGACACGGAGGGCGAGGGCUCCCUCAUGGGCGACAGCUGUCCCGGGCCGGGGGACCUGAGAGGGGCGGAGACCUCGCCCCUGCACUCCGACGUGGGUCUCCAAGCCUCGCCCCCAGGCGACGGCUCCUCCAACCACGUCCACAUCAAGGAGGAGCCUCAGGAGAGGGAGCUGUCGGUGCUCUCGCCCUUCGCCCUCUGCCGGGAGCGCCCAGGCAGCAGCGCCAACUCCCUGGACCUCUCCGUGGUUGGGGUCGGGGUGAGAUCAAGCCCCAGCGGGCCCACAGCCGCCUCGCUCUUCAGCCCGGACAUCACCACCAAGACGGCCACCGACCUGCUUAUGAAGCUCUCAGCGGCCAAUCAGAAAGAGGCCCUGAAGGCUCCGUUCCAUAUGAAGGAGGAGCCUCAGGCAGAGGAACACCCCCAGACCCACGGCCUGCCAGGCUACUCAGCGUUCUGCCAGGAUGGGGCUGCAGGGGCCCUGGGGGCCGCAGAGCGAGCCAGGCCCCUCAAGCCCAGGGAGGGCAGCCCCAUGGCCAAGAGCAACCUGCUGAGCCAGGACAUCAGCGUCAAGGUGGCCUCGGAGCUGCUGAUGAAGCUGUCAGAGAGCAACAAGGACGCCCACUACCAGAAGAUGGAGGUGAAGGCGGAGCCUAUGGAGGUGGACCCGCCCAGCGACCCGGCGCCCUCUCACCUGCUGGCCUUCAGCACUUUAGCGGCGUGCGAAAAGAACGAGCCAAUGGCCAGCCUCCCGGAGGGUCUGGCGCGCCCCCAGAAAGACCUCUUCUCCCAGGACAUUUCUGUCAAAAUGGCCUCCGAGCUACUCUUCAAACUGUCAGAAAAAGUCAGCAAAGCCAACGACCACAAAGAUGGCAACAUGGUUGGAAUGAGCAGUCCGUUUCUGGACGAGCGAUUCAGACAAUCACCCUUCAGCUCGCGCUCCAAGAGCUCCUCCCCCGCAGAGGCCAGCUCGUCCGCCAGGGCCAUCCUCCACGACCCAGAGAAGGGUGGCGGGGAGCCAGGGAACGGAGUGUCCCAGUGGAGACUGAGUGAGCAGCUGUACCCCUGCCCCGUCUGUGGCAAGGUGUUUGGUAGACAGCAGACCCUCUCCAGACACCUGUCUCUGCACACAGAGGAGAGGAAAUAUAAGUGUCACCUGUGUCCCUACGCAGCCAAGUGCAGAGCCAACCUCAACCAGCACCUCACCAUCCACUCUGUCAAGCUGCUCAGCACGGACGCUGAGCAGAUCGUCACGGCCGUCACCAACGACACAGCCGAGCGCAAGAACUGCCCCUACUACUACAGCUGUCACGUGUGUGGCUUCCAGACGGAGCUGAACGCUCAGUUCGUCAGCCACAUGUCGCUCCACGUGGACAAGGAGCAGUGGAUGUUCUCUCUCUGCUGCAGCGUCUGCGACUACGUCUGCGCCGAGGAGGCCGAGAUGAAGACCCACGUCAGCGCCGGCCACGCAGGUCUGAAUUCACGAAGCCCCCUGAGUGAGACGAAGAGCACCUCCUCCUCUCUCUCGGCCCUCAGCGAUUCGCUCAACAGCUCAGAGGGCGGAGACGUUGCCCACGGCAACGAGGAACUCAAGAACUUGCUGGCACCGCCUUCCUCCGCAGGCAGCCAAUCCAGCUCCGGCAGCCACUCGGGAUCAGGAAACGAAGAAAAGUCUGAAAAAGGCUUCGAGUGCGUGUUCUGCAACUUUGUGUGCAAGACGCGGACCAUGUACGAGCGCCACCUGCAGAUCCACCUGAUCACGCGCAUGUUCGAGUGCGACGUGUGCCACAAGUUCAUGAAGACCCCCGAGCAGCUGCUGGAGCACAAGAAGUGUCACGCCGUGCCCAGCGGAGGACUCAAGUGCCCCUUCUGCAUCUACUCCACCAAUCGGCCGGCGGCCAUGGAGUGCCACCUGAAGACGCACUACAAGAUAGAGUACAGGUGCCGCAUCUGCCAGGCGCUGCGGCCCGACCAGCCGUCGCUGGAGGCGCACGUGCGCGGCCAUCGCCUGGGCAACCACUACAAGUGCGAGCAGUGCGGCUACCUGUCCAAGACGGCCAACAAGCUGAUCGAGCACGUGCGCGUGCACACGGGCGAGCGGCCCUUCCACUGCGACCGCUGCAGCUACAGCUGCAAGCGCAAGGACAACCUCAACCUGCACAAAAAGCUGAAGCAUGCGCCGCGCCAGACCUACGGCUGCCCCGAGUGCCCCUUCGCCACCACGCACCCUUUCGUCUUCACCCGCCACCUCAAGAAACACCCGGCGGGGGGAGGAGGAGGGGGGGGAGAGUGGGGGGGGGGCGAGGAGGAAGAGGAUGAGGAGGAGGCGGCGGCCAGAGAGGCGACGGAGGAGGAGAUUGAAGAGCUGCUGCUGCGUGACCAGCUGGGGGGCAGGUCCUCCUCGCCCCAGGGGUCGUCCGCGGGGCGGGUCCAGGAGCACUUCCUCCUGGGGGGCGGGGCUGGGGGCGGGAGCAGCGGGGGCAGCGGCAGCAGCAGCCCCCUGAUGAGCCUGACCGCCUCCCAGGCCCUGCAGUCCGUGGCCCUGUCAUUCACCCUGGGGAGGUCGGCCCACCAGGAAGUCCCGCCCCCAGCCUCCCAGCACUACCUGGCCAACGCCAACGGAGGCGGGGGCGGCCCCAGCGGCGGCCUCUCCCUCUUCUUCCCUUCCUCCCGCCGCGUCUUCGAGGAGUACAGGAACUGCGAGCGGGCUCACCUGAUCCCCCUCACCACCCUCUUUUCCCAGCGCCGUUUCACAUUCCACCCCCCGCCCUCCUCCUCUUCUUCCUCCCAGCUCUUGCCCCUCUCCAGACUGCAGAAGUCCACCGGAGCCUCGUCCUUCCUCUCCUCCUCGCCCGCCCCCUCGCCCCCCUCACUCAAACACUCCUUCCUGGCCUACCUGGGACUGACGGAGAGGCCCAAGACCAUGUGACCUCGACCGCCCUCUCUGCUCUCUCCGCCUGUUUCUCCUCCGCUCUCUUCGGCCCUCUCUUAUUGGACAGUGGUGUGAAUGAUCCUUAAUCCACUGCAACGGGAGACACUUUCCAAUCAGACCAGCAAAAUAAGCUGGACCAGACAGACUCUAUGGUUGUUAUUGUAGACAGUGGGGGGGGGGGGGAGAUUUAUGAGAGAAAAAGGCUGUAUGUGCUAAAACGCAUUUAUAUCAAAAAGCUGCUUUUCUUAUCUCCUAUAUCGAUUGAAUAAUGAAAACAGUUUUUUUCCCGUUUUUUGGAAUUUUGAAUGACCUGGACCCAACUGCAUUAUCAGAAACGUAUCCCUUUUUUUUUUUUUUUUUUUACGUUUCAGUUUGACUCGGUUGUUUGACGAGAUAAAAUGUGUAAAGAAACAGAACUUGCAAGUGCUACAUUUUAGUGCAUUUUUGUCUUUUAUGCUACGCAUCAGAAUAGCAUGCCUGCCUCUGUGUUUCCGCUAGCUUUGACGUCAUUUCAGGGGAGCAGAUAUGAAUUACCCAGAAGUGUUAGCGAUAUGACCCCUGGACAGAACCAAUGAAACGGAGCGCUUUUGUUUUGGGGAAAAAAGCUUGUUUCCAAAGCAACGCCUCAAACCACGCACUUAAUUAUUUAUCAAACAUGUAUAUAGUUUUGUAGCCUUUCCCCCCUUCUCUCUGCUUUGGCCUCUGUUGGUUUUGUAUAAUGCAGAAAUGCUGACUGAUAUCACCUUGUCUCAGGCAACGGUUGUUGUGGUAGCGCAGCAUGGAUUUUGCAGUCGAUGUCGUACGUUUCAUUCUCUUGGCCCAAUGGCCAAUUAGAACAGCUGUCACUCCUUCGCCACCAAUCAGGCCUCAACUCCGACUCCGAGCCCUAUCUCCAAGCAUAUGUUGCCCAAACAUGUUCAAAAAUUCCACCUAACCAUCAAAACAGAUAAGCUGGUUCUACAGCCAUAGUAUGUAAUCAGUCUAAGGUUCCAGGUCAAUGUGGCGGAUGCUAUUCAGCUUCCUUAACUCACACCAGAAGAAGACUAUCGGCCAGCCCAACCCUGAGAUCCAGUGGGUAUCAGUCCUGGCGUCUGAUGUAGAGCUAUGUAGACGCACCUAUACUUAGAUGAGAAAAUAUGAGUGAACAGUUUUGUGGAGGUGACCGUGGCUCCGUGGGCCUAACCGGCCCACAGCAUCCGGCCACAACAGACCGAUUCUAUGGUGCUUUUGGGGCUUUUUUGUAAUUUUUGUGAAACGGAGAAAAAAAAAAGAAGAAAAAUAGAAACAAAACUGUUCCAAAAUGACUUGAAUGAAUGUAUGUUUUUCCGUUGAUGUAUCUGAUGAGAGAGUUCUACAGAGGUGUAGCAUGGCAGCGUUCUGCCGAUAAAGAGGACGAGAGGCGUGCCGGUGGCCUUCUGUGUUUAGCCUUGUUUUUUUUGUUUCUUGUAUGUUUUCUUUUUUUACUGAGCCUUUUGAUCGUAGGUGGAGAAUUUUCUACUAACAUCCAUUAUGAACCCAUUGUAAA